CCUAGGGGACUAUCAAAGUCGACGAGAACGACGUAACACAAACAUUAAUGUUCCAAGCCCAACACCAAGUCGCUCGAUCGACCCCACAUGUUGUAUUUCUCUCCCAUCGUGCCCCGGAUUAAUAAUAGGCUCUACAGGAAAACACGCACCUUCCGCAUGUCCGAGCUACGAUAGCUACUUAUAUCAAUACCACCAUCAAUAUCUGCGAUCCACCUCGCUUGACCCGGAAUCAUCAAGCUCACUUGUGUUGCCACAUUACAGAGGACUAGCAUGGAUCUAUAUGAAACUUUACGGGCUGAAUUUUGCCCUCAAAUUGAUACUUCCCUUCUUACAGCUAUCAUUGCAGACCAUGCGCCAGAAGGGGACGCCGCCCACUCCCCUGACCAGGUCAAGAAUAUACGAGAGAUAUUGAAGGUUCUCGCAAUACAGGCACAGCAGGAUGAGUACGAGCUCGACGACGUUAUGUCCACUGCGUCUCUCACCACUCCAGACCUAUGCGACAGUACAACGACCGCAAGCGAGUCAUCGGCAUCCCAGCACUCAUUUAGCUCGCCACUUGGCUUCUUGCGAGAGGCUUUCUCGGAUGUGCCUGUCGAACGGCUCAAACGCCUACUGAGAGAAGAGUAUGGAGAGGCCCUGGAGGGAGACGGAGAUGUCGACAUGGAAAGAGUGGUGGAGUAUAUCUUAAACAUGGAACACAUCCGCGACCUUGAGGAGCGCGGAAUCGAUGCCUUCGAACACUCUCCUUCACCAUUACUCAAUGGGGACUGGGAAACCGUCGCACACGCGAAGCCGAAAUCCACCCCUAAGCUCGCCACCCCCACGAAAAAGAAGACCAAGGGCCGCACAAUCAAAAUCGUGGACAUGAUGCAGACACAACAUGCUACCCCUUCUCCAAUGCAGACGAAAGGAAUGCAAAAGGAGGGCAUGAUUAUGGGCGUGGGUGUGGACAUAUGGACGCAAGUCUCCUCGCUUUCUACCCAGCUCGCUGCACUACUUCCUCCAGCCCAACCAUCACAUUUCACUUCCUUUUUCCACUCCCCAACAUACGUAACGCCCGCGCACGCUCUCCGUGCUGCUCUUGCAGCUCUACCCCCGACUUCUACCAGUAUCAAACACAAGGCUAAGGAAAAAAACCCUGUCAAGCAAUCUAAGCAAGCAGAAACCAACACCCUCUUUGCACUCCUCGACCUCCUCCAGGCCUCGCCCACUUUCGCCACUCUUGAUGCGGAACAACGUAAUACUCUCUAUGCAGACGCCCGCCUCGCACUCUCUGCCACGCAGAAUAGGCCAGAUGAUGCUCUAGAUGUCGUUUGGAUCAUUCGUGACCUCGAACAACCCGGAUGCCAAGCAGGAAUAUACCACCUCCCGCCUCCGCUUACAGAUGCAAAUUCGAGUUUCACUUCUGCACGUGCAAAGUUGCCAACGGGUCCCCCGUCCGUGCAGCCUCCACCAACGUCCAAGCGCAAAUUCGCAUCUCCUCCUUCCAGCCCCACGACACAGCCCCAAUUCCCGGAGCCAUGGCAAGACGUCCCGAUCCGAUCCUCCCGUACCACACAAACCCUGGAGGACCGCAACCCUUCAAAUAAACGCAAGGUCCGUGGCGCAGGGAACGGACUUGGCAAAGGCGGGAAGGGGGAUGUCGGGGAGCUUUCCAGCCAAUCGACUGGAGGGAACACCUCCGGGGCGCGACAUGCGCGCUUUGCGCGUGGUGUGCUUCAGGCGCGCAAAGAGCGCGGAGAGCUGCUUCGCGAGGCGGGCCGGGCGUGGCGGGGGCCAUUGGGCGGAGAGGUGGCGCUGUACUAUGCGCAGAGGGCGAGGGAUGUUACGGAGAAGGCGCGCAAGGAUGCGUUGGACGAAGCAAGGGAGUUGGUUGAGGCGAGGAGAUAUGCUUCCAAUGAUCAAAGAUCCAUCGACCUGCACGGGACGUGCGUUCAAGAGGCGAUAGUGAUUACCAGUGAGAUAUUAGAGAGGGAGGGAUGUUCACCUGGUGAGUACGCACGUUCUGACUGUCAGUUGCUGGGCAUUUUGCUGAAAGGGUCUACGUGUGUGCGCCUAUGUCUCUGUCACUUUACCCGACCGCCGUCCCACAGCAUCUCCCAUUCGCCUCAUUACUGGCCGCGGUACCCACUCUGCAGGGGGCGUGGGCGUAUUGAAGCCCGCGGUGCAUCGAGCGCUCGUGAACAAAGGCUGGGACGUAAAGAUGUGGGACGGAGGGUUAGUUGUUCGGGGACGGGAAAGGUGGAGCGUGCCUUAAUCAUGAUAUGCACGCAACCGGUCGAUGGGUAUUUAUAUGAUUUUUCUUGGGUUUGUUGUAUCUUGCGCUCAUGUACGUCAUAUAUUCGUGUUCAUCUAUCCCGUUCUUGUAUAUGUUACCUACACCUUAUUGUAGUCUUGAUUUCUUAUGUAUACUUAGAUGUGUAUCGUCUAGCUCGUGAUGUAUCUGGCUCGUUAUGCAUUUAUUCCUAUGCCGUUCUGUUUUGGAGUGAGCGGGAGAGAUGAACGUGCCAGAAAUUAAAGGAAAGAGACGGUGCGCAUCAGGCAUAUAUCGUCUCUUGACCAAAGUGCCUAGACGUCCCGGAGUGGGGGGACCCAAUAUACCUCCCAAUACUCGAUACUGACGAGAAUGUUGUAAGAGGUGUGAUAAUUCCAAACUUCUAAUGGUGAUUGUGGGGAGUCUGGCACCCGGAGAAAUGGAGGAUGAUUGCGUUACCAGAGCAUUAAUCCUUUUUUGAAGGCACCAGGAGCAUCAGCUCAUCAAUCCCUUGUCGUACUACACAUUAGCCUGGAAGAUUAAACUGGACAACCUACAAGUCUGUGAUCCACUUGCAAGCAAGCUUCAAG